AUGGCCACGGCAUACCGGCGCCAUUCGAACUCUGGGUCGAACUGGAACCAGAAUUCGACGUUCUCGCCACGAGAAACGACCCCCAGUCUUAGAGCACCCUCACCCUCGUUCAAUCACCGAAGUAUGCAGAGUUCUCUAUGGCCUUUGAAAGCUAGCGCAUCAUGUUCUCCCUCACUGAGCAUUAGCAGAGCGACUUCGCAGAAGUCCUUGUUAUACCAAAGUACUAGCAACUCAGUCGCCUCGCCUCACUCGAUCCCGCCCGUACCCGAGGAUCUUUAUGAUCAAGAGCAAGCGCGUCCAAAGGAAGGAUCCAAAGAGAAGACUAGCACGAAAGACGAUACUCUCGAGAAGGGGAAGAAUCCAGCGAUUGUGAGGAAUAGGCCCAUAUUCAAUGCUACCCGCCAAGCAGUCGCCUCGUCUUACUCGAUCCCGCCUGUCUCCGAAGAGCCUUGCAGUCAGCAACAGACAAGUUCAGAGGACGGAUCAAAAGAUAAAUCAAGCUCGAAAGAAGAAACAUCGGGGAAGGGCAAAGAGCCAGCGAUCGUGCGGACCAGACCAAUAUUUCAUGCUAACCUAGAGGAAGCCAAAAAGUACCACCAAAACCGCCUCAAGAGUUUAUCAUUGAGUAAGAAGACACCGGUUUCGUGCGAGGAAAUCAUCAGUCGAUAUUGCGAUCAUUUCAACUUUCAACUACCCAUCUUAGAAGUAAUUCGCUGCAAAGAAAGUACUCGAAAGAGAGUAUUUUUGAGGAUCAAGCGACGAUUGGUCGGCAUCGGAGAAGGCCAGACGACGUUUGAGGCCAUGCUUGCAGCAUACGACGACACAGUUCUCUACUUGUUCAACGGUGACUCUCAACUGAAAAAACAGCUUCUUCAGCCGAAUGAAUCUAUCGAAUGGAAUCACCAAAAAGUAGGGAAAAAGUGA